GAAGGUCCCAGUCCUUGGGAGAGUUGCGGAGCUGGCUACCUCCUCCCUGGCGGGCUGCUUCCGUGGCUUCAGCGGCAGCUUUGCCGCCAGCGGCCUGGAGAAGUGCCAACGACCUUCAAAGCUUUUGAAACUCUAUGAGUUCGAAGGCUGCCCUUUCUGCCGAAACGUGCGAGAGACGAUCUCCGUCCUCGCCCUGGAUGUAGAGAUCUACCCCUGCCCAAGAUCGACUCUCAAGGCUUACGGCGUUGUCGAGAACUCGCGCUUCAGGGAGGAAGUCACGAAGUUGGGAGGCAAGCAGAUGUACCCCUUCCUCGUGGACGAGAACACGGGAGUUCGCAUGAACGAGUCGGCGGAGAUUAACGCCUACCUUUGGAAGACCUACGGGUCCGAGGCGACGGAGCCUUGGACCUACUGGCUGGGGCGGAAGCUGGCCUUUCCUCCCUUGAUCUUCUUCCCAGCUCUUUGCCGGCCAUCGCUUCAACACGGAGUGCUCCGUGUGCCCAGCAAGUCCGUGCAGCAGCCGCUGGAGCUUUGGGGCUGCGAGGGCUCGCCCUUCGUGCGACUGGUGCGGGAGGCGCUAUGCUGCCUCGAACUGCCCUACGUCCUGCGGAAUGUGCCGCAUGGAGAGGUGAAGAAUCGAACGGAGUUCCGGGAGAAGUACGGCCACUUACUGUCCAGCGCUCGCAAUGCGGUCGGCGCGGUGCAGAUGCCCUUCCUCCGUGACCCGAACACAGGAAAGGACAUUCUGGA